AUGCCCUCCAGGACCAUAAACGGCCUGCAGGCAGAGCCUUCGCGGAAACGCGUCAGACACGCUGCUCCCGGGGACAGCGACGAUGAAGAGGUCCUUGAGGUUCAACAGGCACGCUCAAACUUCCGGGCUGAGCCUCGAAAACGACCGCGCGUCUCUGAUGUCGGCGAUGAUAAGAGCGAACGCCACUCUAAUCGAAAAUCCACUCCGUUGGACGACGAUCAGGAUGAGGCCGAACCUCAAGCACCCACCUCCCCGAGCACACCUCCGAAAACCCAGUAUGAGUUAAUGAGAGAUAAUAAUUUCGAGCAUCUCCGCAACGAGGCCCUCGACGACCAACGCGCAACGCAGCGGCUCCGCUUCCGCCCCAACCUGCUCGGCCAGAGCGCCAUUGCCGAGAACGGCAUCAUCGAGAGUGUCACCUGCAUCAACUUCAUGUGCCACGUCCGCCUCCACUGCGAACUUGGUCCUUUGCUUAAUUUCAUCGUCGGAGAAAAUGGAAGCGGGAAAAGCGCCAUCCUUACAGCCAUCACUUUGUGUCUUGGUGGCAAGGCCAGCUCGACGAACCGCGGAGUCAGCCUCAAAAGCUUCGUCAAGGAAGGCUGUGAGCGCGCCGUGCUCAUCGUCAAGAUCAAGAACCGCGGUCAAGAUGCCUACAAGCCCGAUAUCUACGGCGAGUCCGUCAUCGUGGAGCGCCACUUCUCCAAGACUGGCAGCAGCGGCUUCAGGGUCAAGACUGCCCUCGGCCAGGUGCACUCGGUCAAGAAGCAGGAGGUCGACGACCUCGUCGAGUACUACGCUCUGCAGGUCGACAACCCCCUGAACAUUCUUUCCCAAGACAACGCCCGCCAGUUUUUGAAUUCGUCCACCAAGACCCAAAAGUACAAGUUCUUCAUCGAGGGCGUCCAGCUGCAGCAACUAGAUAACGAUUACCGGCUGAUCUCGGAGAGCCUCGAGCAGAUGGAGGCCAAAGUCCCGGACCAACAGGAGCGCGUCAAGCAUGCCAAGGUCGCCAUGGACAGGGCCCAGCGUUUGAUGGAUCAGGUUGAAGGCAACCGCCAGAUUCGGCACAAGCUUCGGAUACUGCGCAGCCAGAUCGCUUGGUGUCAGGUGGAGCAGCACGAAGAAGAUCUCCGCAAGAGAGAGAACGAACUUAAGGAGGCCGAAAUCCGCCUUGCCCUGCAAAUAGCCGACGAAAAAGUCGAACGCGCUGAAGAGGCAUUGCAAGUCGUCAAAGACGAGGAAGGCGAAGUCCAGGAGCGGAUUCAAGAGAACAAGGAUCGUGAGCCAGAAGUUGUCAACAGGGCCGACGUUUCUAAAAAGGCACUGGAGAAAAUCGACGAGGAGGUCAGACGGAAGCAAAACGAGAUCAACGAGGUUGAGUCGAGAAUGAAGCGCCUUCAAGAAGACCGUGGAUCGAUAUGGGAUGCGUAUGAGGCGCAACUGCUCAAGCCCGAGUGGUCGUCCAUUCUCGAAAAGACCUUUGGCGCCAGUCUCAACGCCUUCCUCGUCACAAGCAAGCGCGAUGAGACGCUCCUCCGCCGGAUGAUGAACCAAUUGAAUAUCCGGAGCUGCCCCGUCUUCAUCUGCACCCCGCAUGCGCUCGACAUCAGCGGCAAGGAGCCUGAUCCCGAGUAUGACACGAUCCUUCGAGUACUCAAGAUCGAUAACCAGAUGGUCCGGGAUCAACUUAUCAUCAACCACAUGAUUGAGCAGAUCAUCCUGAUCCCUGAGCGUGUGAGGGCCCAGCAGGUCAUGUUUGACGGCGCUCCGCCACGGAACGUCAAGGCUUGCCUAGCAUUCCACGACCGCAAGCGUGGUGAAGGUCUCAGACUGGCCAUGAACAACGGAAACAUCUCUACCAGCCCCAUCCAACCGAAUCCGAACCUCAAACUUCGGAUGAAGACAGACUCGGAUUCCCAGAUCGCGCUUCUGCGGGAUUCUUUACAGCAGAUUUCUGCCGAAUACCAGGGGUUGAAUGCUGAGAGACGCCGCCUUCAACAAGAAUGCCAGCGCUGCCAAAAGACAGUGGCGCAGCUGAAGAAGGAUCGAAAUACCCUGGAACACAAGCUACGAACGGCGCGCAACGGGGUUGACGAGAUUCAGGCGGAGCUUGACAGAUUCGAGAGCAGCGACUAUGGCAAACUGGAAGGUCUCAAGAAGAACCUCGAGGAACUGAAGGAUGAGCUGAAUCACCACGGGAUUCAGUAUGGCAUGCUGAGCGCAAAGAAGCAAGACAAAAACGCAGAGGUGGAAGAGGCUCGCGAAAAGGUCAAGGAGCAAAAGCAAGAGAUGAAGGACUAUGAGCAACGCCUCGGCAAGGCCGAGUCCAAACUUAAGCAAGUCCGGGAGUUGCGCCACAUUUGCCUGAUCGAGAAGAACGACAUCAUUGCGAGGAUGGAGGAAUACGCCGGGCAGAAGGAGAAGGCAGAGAGGAGACGGGCGAGGCAGCAAGACUAUAUCAAGGACGUCAUAGCGCAAGCCGAGACCGUGAGCAAGGAGCGCGCGUACAUCCCUGAGAUUGAGACGUACGAAAGCCUUAAAAAGCAGUACGACACCCUCCGAGCGCGACUUGACAACGUCGAGAAGAACCGGGGAAUGUCCGACCAGCAGGUCCACGAUCACUUCAAGGAGGUGCGGGAAAUGUACACGCAGGUCAUCGACGAUCUCGAGUCCAUCACCACCGUGAACAAGCGCCUCCGGGAUUCCCUCGCCGUACGCCUCGAGAAGUGGCGCAAGUUCCAGCGUUACAUCUCUUCGCAGUCCCGCGCAAAUUUCAUCUAUUUGCUCAGCGAGCGCGGCUUCCGUGGCAAGCUGAUUCUUGAUCACGAGCGUAAGUCACUGGACCUGCAGGUUGAGCCCGACAAGACGGAGAAGAGAGCCGCCGGGCGCAGCACCAAGACGCUCUCUGGCGGCGAGAAGUCGUUCUCGUCCAUCUGUCUGCUGCUCGCCAUCUGGGAGGCUAUGGGUUCGCCCCUGCGCUGUCUUGACGAGUUUGACGUCUUCAUGGACAACGUCAACCGCGCUAUCAGCACGAAUAUGCUGAUUACUGCCGCGCGCCGUUCGGUGAAUCGCCAAUACAUCUUCAUCACGCCCAACGCGAUCGAGGGUCGCACGACUCUGGACAAGGAUGUCAAGAUUAUCCGCCUGACCGAUCCUCGACAACGGACGCUCGCUGACCACUGA